AUGCUACAAAUUACCGGUGUUUAUGGAGACGGUGACGGCAACGAUAAAACUAUCUGUGGGCCCCAGCACACAUCUGGUAAACGGAAUGAUGACGUCAGAAGUAAAGGUCAGCGGAAUUGUUUCGGAUUUUCUAAAGGUGAAGAGGAAACGUUGCCGGAGUUUGUGGCGGAGCCGACGACGGCGUUUUCUGUGACAACCAUAAAAAUUUCAUGUACACAUGAAUAUCUAGCGCCGGAGUUGAUCUCCGGUGACGGUCAUGGAAACGGUGUGGACCGGUGGGCGUUUGGAGUGUUGGUUUAUGAGUUGUUGUACGAAACAACGCCGUUUAGGGGAAGGAGUAAGGAGUGUACAUUGCGUAAUAUAGGAACAAAGACGGUUAGGUUUGAUGAGGUGGAUGUUAAGGGAAUGGCGCAGGCUAAGGAUUUGAUAGAGAAAUUGUUGGUGAAAGAUCCGCGGGAGAGGCUAGGAUGCGCCAGGGGUGAUGAAGAUGAAGAUAGAGAGAACGACUUCUUCCAGAUCUAG